AUGGGUAAGACUCAGAAGAAAAACAGUAAAGGGCGUUUAGAUCGUUACUAUUACUUGGCCAAGGAGAAAGGGUAUCGGGCGCGUUCUUCUUUUAAAAUUAUUCAAAUAAAUGAAAAAUUCGGACACUUUUUAGAGAAAUCCAAGGUGGUGAUUGAUUUAUGUGCUGCGCCUGGAUCGUGGUGUCAAGUUGCUUCGCAGCUUUGUCCCGUCAAUUCGUUGAUUAUUGGAGUCGAUAUAGUACCCAUCAAGCCGUUACCGAACUGUAUAACUUUUCAAAGUGACAUUACCACUGAAGAUUGUCGAAGUAAGUUGAGAGGACAUAUGAAAACAUGGAAGGCUGAUACUGUGCUACAUGACGGUGCUCCAAAUGUUGGUUUAGGGUGGGUUCAAGAUGCAUUUACGCAGUCACACUUAACUUUGCAAGCUUUGAAGUUAGCAGUCGAGAAUUUAACAGUUGGAGGUACCUUUGUCACAAAAGUAUUUCGCUCAAGAGACUAUAACAAUUUGAUGUGGGUAUUUCAGCAACUAUUUGAUAAAGUUGAAGCAACCAAACCGCCAAGUUCCAGAAAUGUUUCUGCGGAGAUUUUUGUUGUUUGUAAGGGGUUCAAAGCACCAAAGAAAUUGGAUCCUAGACUCUUGGAUCCUCGUGAAGUAUUUGAAGAGUUGAAUAAUGAUAAGAAUAGUGUUAAUAACGAGGAAAAAAUAUUCAAUCCGGAAAAGAAAAGAAGACAGAGACAAGGUUAUGAGGAAGGGGACUAUACAUUGUUUCACACCAUGCCAAUAAUGCAAUUUAUCAAAGAAGAGGAUCCAAUAAACCAACUCGGAGAUUUGAACAAAUUUGAAAUAGACGAAGAUGAACAUGACUGGAAGGUGAUUAAAAAACUAAAAUUGUACAAUACUGAAUUAAGGGAAUGUUUUAAGGAUUUGAAAGUUCUUGGGAGAAAAGAGUUUAAGGCUAUAUUGAGAUUUCGAAAACAAGCAAGAGAUAUACUAGGCAUAGAUAAAAACGAAGAGGAAGACAAACCUGAAAUUGAAGUUGAAGAGUUGAAUGAGGAACAAAAAAUUGAUAAAGAGUUGAAUCAAAUGAUGGAGAGGCAAAAACAAAAGGCCAAGAGAGCUAAAAAGACUGCAAAUGAGUUGAAACAAAAGGAAAUUGUACGUAAUCAAAUGCAAAUGGUUACAGAUAUGAAUAUUGGUAUUGACGCAGCACAAGUUGGUGCAGACUCUUUAUUCAAUUUAAAAACUGCAGAAAAAUCAGGUCAAUUGAAUAAACUUGCCAGGGGUAAGAAAGCAAUGGUUUUCUCCGAGGAGGAUACAGCCAAGGACGUUGAAAUUCAUAUUGACGAGAAGGAGAUGACCGAUGCAGCAGCUGCUGCCAAUAGUGAGGAUGAGGUAGAUGAAUUGGAGGCUCAAUUGGAUGAUAUGUAUGAGCAGUAUCAGAAUAGAAGAGUAGAAAGAGAUGCCAAAUAUAGGGCCAAGUUAGCUAGAGGAGAUGAUGAUCAAGAAGCAUGGGAAGGGAUAGAUGAGGAAGAAGAUGGGCAAAAGAACAACGAAUUGGGGGACGAUUAUCAAAUGGAACUGGAACUGGACUCGGAUGGUGAUGAGCAUAUCAAUUUGAUUGCCCAGGGUAGGCAGCAAAAUGGAGGUUUAACUAGAACGGCGAAAUCCUUUUUUGCUUCAGAUGCAAUUUUCAACGAGCUUAAAGAUGAUGAGUUGAUUGAAGAAUCGAAACCAAAACUGGUUAAGGAGUUAUCAACCAAUGGAAAAGCGAAAACAGAAGCACAGUCAUUUUCACCACCAUCACCAAUUUCAUCCGAAGAAGAUUCCGACUCUGAUUUUGAAAUUGUUCCUAACAAAGUAGAUUCAGAUGAAGAAAUUUUCAGCGAUGAUGAUGACGACGACGAACCUAAUACGGUGCAAACCCAUCAGAAUAAAGUAGAUAUCACCACAGCUGAGGCAAUGACACUAGCGCAUCAAAUUGCUUUGGGCCAAAGAAAUAAAAAAGAUCUCAUAGAAGAAGGUAUAAAUCGAUACUCCUUCAGAGAUAGAGACAAUCUCCCGGAAUGGUUUGUUGAUGACGAAAAGAAACACUCGAAACUAAUAAGACCAAUUACAAAGGAAGCAAGUUUGGCGAUAAAAGAGAAACAAAAGCAAUUAAACGCACGUCCAAUUAAGAAAGUACUUGAAGCGAAAGGACGAAAAAAGAUGAGGGCAUUACGUCGAUUAGAAAAAUUGAAGAAGAAAUCGGAUUUAAUCAAUGAAGAUAGUUCGAAAUCUGAAUACGAUAAAGCUGCAGAAAUUUCGAAAUUGAUGCAAAAGGCAAAGAAUGCCGGUAAGGAUAAGCAACGGAAGAAGCUAACUGUUGUUGUUGCUAGAGGGUCGAAUAAAGGAUUGAGUGGAAGACCUAAAGGUAUCAAAGGUAAGUAUAAGAUGGUUGAUGGUACUUUAAAGAAUGAACAGAGAGCGUUGAAAAGGAUUGCAAAGAAGAGAAAGAAGUAG